ACACACACACACACACUCGAUGAGUUGACAUUGUUCUUAAUGUCCUACCUGAGGGCAGGACUCACCUGGGGCUGCAGUCUCACCUGAGAGUGUGAAGGACACACACACACACACACACACACACACACACACACACUCCGCUCAGGCUUCUGCGUCAUUCAGAAUCCAAAAUGCAUGAAUGUGAAUUGAAGUAUUUUGAAUUGAAGAGAAUUAAAAUGGAAUGGUAUAAAUAGAGCUGCAUUUUUUUCAGUGUGAAUUACUGGUAACACUUAGGUCUUCCAAUAAGGUCUCAUUUGUUAACAUUACUUAAUGCUUUCACUAAUGUCAACUAAUAAUGAGCAAUACAGUACAUUUAUUAGAGUAUUUAUUAAUCUUUGUUAAUGUUUAAAGUCCCCCUGUAGUCAAUAAUUUUAUCCCUUAAAAAUCAUCUUUGAACAUCAAAAUGACACAUUUAAAUGUUUUUUCCUGUGAAAAAAUUUCUUUAUGCCUUAAAAUAGCUUGAAUGUAACUCGACACGCUUGCUUAAUUUAGUAUAUGCUGAUAUAUGAAUAUACUAAUUAGCCCCGCCUCCAUUCACUAACACGAGCUCAGAGAUCCACUCGGUAACUCUGCACAAUGGCAUCGCUCUUUACAACAUCGGACACAUAACAGUAAUUAAUAUGAUUAGUAUGUUAUCAAACAGCUAAUAAUGUGUUGCUAUUGUUACACAAACCAUGUUCCUGUUUACCAUCUCAAGAGUCAGACAGCUGCCUUCUAAAAAUCAGUAUCCUUACAAACGCUAUGAACAACUCAUAUAGGCAUAUAGUUCAUCAUAACAUUGUAAUAUACAUCAUACACCUGCUAUACUGAUAAUUUGAAAACAGUUUGAUGGACAUUUUAUAGUGCUGUAUGGCAAAAUUAAAAUCUGUUUGGCAAUAUCUCAAGUCCUCUAGGACUUUUUUAAAAUGAUAUGAAAAUUAUAUUCAUUCAUUUGGUCAUUCAGGUCAGCCGUCCGUCCAUCCAUCUGUCAAUCCAUCUGUCCAUCCAUCCGUCGGACUACCGAUCCAUCCAUCCAUCCAUCCAUCCAUCCAUCCAUCCAUCCAUCCAUCCAUCCAUCCAUCCGUCUAUCCAUCCGUCUAUCCAUCCAUCCAUCCAUCCAUUCAUCCAUCCAUCUUUUUCAUAUUUAUAAACAUAUAUUUUGUGUUAAUUGUUUUGACAUUGAGUCUAGAAUAUUUUUAGAAUAUAUUUUAGUAUUACUCAAAAUAUCAGGGAAUGGUGUUAACAGUCAAAAUUAAUGUGUAAUUAUUUGUGUUGUACUACUUUUGUGUGAUUUCUUUGAAUUGUAAUUCUGUAAAUUCCUUUAACAUUUUGUCUGAUGUUCAAUUCAUAUUCAUACUCGUGAUUUGAAAAGGGGCAAAUUCUGUAUUUUGCUCAACUCUGAUUGUCCUGCACAAUGAAUAUUUGAUAAAUAGCACAGUGAAUAUUUCUGAAACACAAACACACACAGAGAGAGAGAGAGAGAGAGAGAGAGAGAGAGAGAGAGAGGACAAACUGGGAAACAAAGAAUCAGAUGUCAAAGAGGUGAGAGAGAGAGAGAGAGAGAGAGAGAGGUAUAUAAAGAUGGAUGCUGAGGACUCAGCAAGUACAGAAAAGAAUAUUACGGCUAGUAAAUGGAAUCAGGAGUGAUGGAGAAAGGAGAGGGAGAAGGACUGCAAACUUUAGCUAUAGUGCUGCUGUUGUGUGGAGCUCUGAAACUUCUGCACACGCUCGGACUCAUCAGCACUGACGAUAGGGUGGAUGAUGAUCUGGAGCUGUCUGUAGUAUGCCACCGUCCGGAGGGAUUGGAGCAGCUGGAGGCUCUAACGAAAUUCAACAAGAAAGAGCUGCAAGUGCUGUACAGAGGCUUUAAAAACGAAUGUCCCAGUGGCGUGGUCAACGAGGAGACGUUCAAACAGAUCUACUCGCAGUUCUUUCCUCACGGGGACGCCAGCACAUAUGCACAUUACCUGUUCAACGCUUUUGACUCUACCCAAAGCGGAUCAAUCAAAUUUGAGGACUUUGUAACGGCUCUGUCCAUCUUGUUGAGAGGAACAACAACAGAGAAAUUACAGUGGACCUUCAACCUAUAUGACAUUAACAGAGAUGGUCUCAUUAAUAAAGAGGAAAUGACCGAUAUAGUGAAAGCCAUAUAUGACAUGAUGGGCCGCUUCACGUAUCCUGCUCUGAAGACAGACACCACCAAACAGCACGUGGAUGCUUUCUUUCAGAAAAUGGACAAGAACAGAGAUGGAUUCGUCACUCUUGAUGAGUUUAUCCUCUCCUGUCAAGAGGAUGAAAACAUCAUGCGAUCACUGCAGCUCUUUGAGAAUGUGAUAUAGAGCCACAGGAAGAGGAGGAUGAAGGGAGGAAAAGGGAAAUUAGUGAGAGAAACAAACCACUGAACUGUUGAAUCUGACCAGUGUUCUGUUAACUUUUACCCCAUCACCAUGAUAACUCUGGAAGUUUGACAGACGUCAAACAGCGGCUCUGUGCUUCACAUGCCGGGAAACGACAUGUCCUUUAAACCCUGGUGUUCUGUUGCAGAUGUGAGAAUUGUAUGUCUAUAACCAAAAAAAGCAGCUAGUUAAAAGAACAUGUGAGUAAUUGUGUGUCAAAGCCGUGUUUACAAAAGCCCAGCGGGUUUCCAAGAGGUCCUGUAGAACCCAGCUGAACUCUUUCCACAGGACCGACUGAAUUUACUGUGAGGGAUUUAAAAAAAAUAUGCAUAUGAAAAUAUGCAUCAAGCAUCAUGUCCUGAUGUUUGAUGCAUCCGAGCAUUUUAACCAGUUUGAGUUGUCCAUGGUGGAUUUUGUGUAUGUAACAUCCGAUACACUCGACCUGUGAUAUUUCUCAAAAAGAUGUGCGGAAUAUUUGUAGCACAUUAUUGAUGUGUCCGUCAUUUAGAUAGAAAUGUUCUGAUCCAGUAGUAUAACCAGUGUCUCAGUGGUUUUCUUAUGAACGACCAGUCAUUUAACUGGCUUUCUGCAGAAGUUGCUGAAUCUGCGGUGAACCAUGAGCCAGUGUUACGCUGUGUUUCUGUUUCUGACAGUAUUUGUGCAUCUUGUCAUCCGUCUCUGAUCAUCACUGCUCGCUGUUGAUCUGAUGUGUGUUCGUGUCCAUUACUAGUGAUAGCCUCGUCACUCGUACCUGUCUCUGUUGGCUUGUGAUCGCUCUUAGCUCCGCCCACUCGAAUAUCUGCCUUCUGAUCGGUCUGUUUGUCUGUCAGAAUCAUGUUUGUGGGUGAAUCUCAUGACAUCACGUCCAGGUCACAUUUCACCCCAGUGUCCUCAUAAAUGAAAUGCAGUGAUUUAUUGAAAUAUGCAUAAAUUAAAGGCAGCAAGUUUCUUGUUUUUUGAUUUUGGGGUGAAAUAUGACUAAUUGGUUUUGAGUUUCACUCUUGUGCAGAUGGAGACUCUCCUUGUGAAAAUGGAUUUUGAUUGACAGGUGCCGUAGCAAACUUUAGCAGUUACUAUAUUUGUGUCUUUGUUUGUGUAAUAUUUAUGUAAAUACAUUUUAUUUUUACUGCGUGAAAGCUGUGAAUUGCCAAAACUUAGUACUGUUUUAUACAGCCAUAAUGCCACCUUACUGUGAUGUAAUUUGUGAAGAGAAAGCAAGAAAAAUAAUAAUUAUAAGGAAAUUAAUUUAAAGACAGCAAGCAUGAUGUUUAAACUCAACAUGAAGAGCAUUCACAAUCCAUUUUACUGUAUAAUCUGACAUAAAUAUUAAAAACAUGUAAGGUGGCACCCAAUUUGUAUUAAAUUGAUUAGAUCAAGAAAGUAGGCAUUAUAUAUAUAUAUAUAUAUAUAUAAAAGAGAGAAAGUAAAUAUGGUCAAUUUAGAUUUCAUUUUGACUUUAAAGUAGUGCUGUCAAACGAUUAAUCACAUC